AUGUCAGCACCGACGCCUUCCGGAGCGAGCGGGGCUGCCGUGGCUAACAAGAACUCGCCCCACCUCCACUCCGUCGCCAGCAGUCUCCGGUCGUGCCUUGAUGGGAUGUUGCCGGACAACUUGCGCAACGAUGGCUUGUCUUUCCAGCAACAUUUACUCCAGCAAAAAAGCCGAUUGCAGACGGAAAAAAACUCGUGGCGGUUCGGACUCAACUAUUUAUUUGAGACGCUCAAGCAACAUAAGGACUGGUACGCGCGCAACCAGCAGUUUGUCCAGCUGCGCAAAGAUGUGCGACGCUUCGAGACCCACGUGUCGACUGUGCGGACUAUUCUGGCUGAGAGUGUCAGUAAACUGGACCUGGAAGCGGGACUGCGAGGGGCCGAGCUGGAGGGACGCGUGGGAGCUUACAAGAUCAUGUUUGAGGUCACUAAGAUCGUGUCAAGUCUUAGCCGUCCGCUGGUUAAGCUGCAGAUUCUCAAGCCUAAUGAAGCAUCGCUGUCGAUUUACUGCGACACUUUUGUGCUGGACAUUGUGCUGUCGGGUGGAGACGGUGCCGUCGAAACGGCGUCGCUGACAACUGUCGAGAAAGACCAAUCCAGCCAGUUUCCGGAUAGGGAUGAAGACCUGCUGGCGUCGCUGAAGCUACUGGCUCAUGGCGAUAGUGCAAGCUUCACGGAAAAGCUGAACCGGUUGAUCAAUCGCGCUGAACUAGCGGUGAAGUUUCCAUCGAUGAGUUUCGAGCAGCUUGAGCUUGAACUUUUUACUAAGGCCACUGAGGCGUGCAACCACCAGCAAUAUUGGACAGUCAAGCGCGCAGUGGAGGGCGUGCGACUUUUGUUCAAAGACCCGUUCGUAUGCCUUCCUGUGGUUGAACCUCCACACAAACGCAUAAAGACUGACGACGAUACUCGGACGGGUGUUGCAUCUAGUGCUGCAAAUGCGGCAGCCGUUGACAGAAAUGAUAGAUCUGAUGGUGAUGUCGACGAGCCCAGCAUAUCCACGCACACAGAUGUUCUCUCUCCGCUAGCGAACGGCGAAUGGUCCGGAAGUAUUAGUUUCAUUGAAUGGCGUGGUGAUGUGGCGCUGCAUGUUGUUGCAGAUAUUCCACUCGUCAUGGCUGGCCAACAGGCUCGGAAACUGGCGCUCGUGAUAAUGCGCAAACAUGUUGAUGUGGCUGCGACAGCACCAAAAGACGUGCAUGAAGACGAACGGCUUUUUAACGAGUUUGUAAGCUGGACGACUCCUGAUGGCAAGAAACCAGUUUCCCCUCGGCUGCAUUUUGCACGAGACCACAGCAUGUGCUCAGUGUUUCCCUCACGGUCCUCGUUAGCGAUGCGUCAAGAAUACACCCUGACGACAAAAGAGAUAUCCGGUGGUCUCAAUCUGCAUUCAUUCCCGAUGCCGUUGGUGAACGCCUCAUUGGAUACGCUGGCCAACGUGUUUCAGAUAUGUGGACGAAGCUUAUUGUUCCACGCACUCUUGCUAUCUGCUUUCGGCUCCAGAUGUAACGUAUUCGGCCAACGCAUCUCGGCAGAAAACGAUGAUGCGGUGAACGCUCAUAUCAAAGUCGACGUGGCGGCGGCGGAGCGCAUUACGAUGAACACUGGAGACCUUUUGGGUGCGGGCAGGCAAGUGCUAAUUGAGCUGAACACGCAACCAGAUUGCUCGUUGGAACUCAGCGUGAAGUACCAGACGGAGGUAACGCCUGCACCUCCUCUCGAAAAUGCUGUCACCCUGCAAAAGUUGGUCGACACAUGCCAUUCGAUCCCCUUGCUUACGUAUUACGCGUUAAAGCGUGCGGUGCAAGUUGAGAAUGGUCCGUCUUCUGCUGCUGCUGCUGGUGCUAAUGGGGAAGACUGUGACGGCAUAGCGGCACUGGAAGGUGACUUAUCAGUCGCUAUGAAGAUGGAGGGAGAGAGCAUGCUGCUGGAUGAGAUGGAUAUGUUUUAG